AUGUGCAUCCUGAAGCUUCCAAUAGUUCUCAUUUUGCUGUCUCUUGCAGUAAACCAUCUGAAAGCUACACCCGUUGAAAGUCAUCAGGUGGAAAAACGGAAAUGCAACACUGCCACUUGUGCAAUGCAACGUCUGGCAAAUUUCCUAGUUCGAUCCAGCAACCAUCUUGGUUCCAUGCUCUCACCAACCAAUGUGGGAUCCAAUGCAUAUGGCAAGAGGAAUACAGUUGAGGUUUUAAACAGAGCACCGUUGAGUUACUCACCCCUCUAG